AUGCUGAGGAAUCCGCUCUGUAGAGCUAGCUCACAGCUACUUCGCGGUGCUCGAUGCUCCGCGUCGCUGUCCAAAUGCUCCAUCUCGACAGUUUCUGCUCGGACAUCGUCAUGGAAGCUGGCCGCCACCCGCCGGCCGCUGGCUAUUACAGCCGCGAGGUCUUAUGCGACUGAUGCACUUCACUCGCCCCCCGACCCCAGUGACAACUUUUUGUCUGGCGGCGCUGCCAAUUACAUCGAUGAGAUGUAUAUGCAGUGGAAACAAGACCCCAAGAGUGUUCAUGUGUCCUGGCAGGUCUAUUUCAAGAACAUGGAGAGCGGCGAUAUGCCCAUCUCACAGGCCUUUCAGCCACCACCAAAUUUGGUCCCCAACAUGACUGGCGGCGUGCCUCGACUUGCCGGCAGUUUGACGCUCGAAGACGGUUCCGAUGUUACAAACCAUUUGAAGGUCCAACUGCUCGUCCGAGCCUACCAGGCCCGAGGCCAUCACAAGGCCAACAUUGAUCCUCUUGGUAUCAGGAACACUACGGAAGGCUUCGGUAAUAUCAAGCCCAAGGAGUUGACCCUGGAGCAUUACGGAUUCACUGAAGCCGAUCUCGACACCGAAUACACCUUGGGUCCCGGCAUUUUGCCUCGAUUUAAACGCGAGGGCCGCGAUAAGAUGACCCUUCGUGAAAUAGUGGCUGCCUGUGAGAAGAUCUAUGCCGGAUCAUGGGGCGUCGAGUUCAUUCACAUUCCUGAUCGCGAGAAGUGUGACUGGUUGCGUGAGCGACUCGAAGUCCCUCAGCCGUUCAAGUACUCCAUUGACGAGAAACGUCGCGUCCUUGAUCGACUUAUUUGGAGUUCGAGCUUCGAAUCGUUCCUUGCUACCAAGUAUCCCAACGACAAGCGAUUCGGCCUUGAGGGCUGCGAAACCCUCGUUCCUGGUAUGAAGGCUUUGAUUGACCGCAGUGUUGAUUAUGGUGUGAAGGACAUCAUCAUCGGCAUGCCUCAUCGUGGCCGGCUCAACGUCCUCAGCAAUGUCGUCCGAAAACCCAACGAAUCGAUCUUUUCCGAGUUCGCCGGCACCCUUGGUGCCGAGGACGAGGGUUCGGGCGAUGUCAAGUACCACUUGGGAAUGAAUUUUGAACGCCCGACUCCUUCUGGGAAGCGUGUUCAACUCUCCCUGGUAGCCAAUCCCUCUCACUUGGAAGCUGAAGAUCCUGUUGUUCUCGGCAAGACGCGUGCCAUCCAGCAUUACAAUAAUGACGAGAAGACACACAGGACAGCCAUGGGUGUUCUGCUGCAUGGAGAUGCUGCCUUUGCUGCACAGGGUAUCGUCUAUGAGUGUUUGGGGUUCCACUCCCUACCCGCUUUCUCUACUGGUGGCACAAUUCACCUUGUCGUGAACAACCAAAUUGGCUUCACCACCGACCCUCGAUUUGCUCGCUCUACCGCCUACUGCACGGACAUUGCCAAGGCUAUAGACGCACCAGUCUUCCAUGUCAACGCUGAUGACGUUGAAGCCGUCAAUUUCGUUUGCCAGCUGGCUGCUGACUGGCGUGCCGAGUUCCAGCAUGAUGUUGUCAUUGAUUUGAUCUGCUACCGAAAGCACGGCCACAACGAAACCGAUCAGCCCUCGUUCACACAACCGCUCAUGUACAAGAGAAUACAGCAGAAGGAGCCUCAGAUUGACGUCUACGUCAACAAACUUCUGCGCGAAGGUACCUUCACCAAGGAAGACAUUGAGGAGCACAAACAGUGGGUGUGGGGUAUGCUUGAAGAGAGCUUCAACAAAUCUAAGGACUAUACUCCUACGUCUAAGGAGUGGACUACGUCGGCAUGGAACGGUUUCAAGUCCCCUAAGGAGUUGGCCACUGAAGUUCUACCCCACCACGCCACUGGUGUUGACAAGAAGACUCUGGACCACGUUGGAGAGGUCAUUGGCUCUGCACCCGAAGGCUUCCAGAUCCACCGCAAUCUGAAGCGAAUUCUUACCAACAGGACCAAGUCGGUUGUUGAAGGCAAGAACAUUGACUUCCCCACUGCCGAAGCUCUGGCUUUUGGUACAUUGGUCACUGAAGGCUAUCAUGUUCGUGUUUCUGGCCAGGAUGUUGAGCGAGGAACUUUCUCUCAACGUCAUUCCGUAUUCCAUGACCAGGAGAACGAAAAGACGUACACUCCAUUGCAGCACAUCAGCAAAGAUCAAGGCAAAUUUGUUAUCGCGAACUCGUCUCUGAGUGAGUUUGGUGCCCUUGGUUUCGAGUACGGUUACUCUCUGCAGUCACCCAAUGCCUUGGUUAUGUGGGAAGCCCAGUUUGGAGAUUUUGCCAAUAACGCUCAGUGCAUCAUUGAUCAGUUCAUUGCCUCUGGAGAAGUGAAGUGGAUGCAGCGAACUGGUCUUGUCAUGUCUCUACCUCACGGAUAUGAUGGCCAAGGCCCCGAACACUCAUCUGGCCGUCUCGAGCGUUACCUCCAACUGUCUAAUGAGGAUCCUCGAAUCUUCCCAACUGAGGAGAAGCUGGCCAGGCAACACCAGGACUGCAACAUGCAGAUUGCCUACAUGACAACUCCUGCCAAUUUGUUCCAUGCUCUGCGCCGCCAGAUGCAUCGACAGUUCCGAAAACCUCUUAUCAUCUUCUUCUCCAAAUCCUUGCUUCGUCACCCUCUUGCUCGCUCAAAUAUUGAGGACUUCAACGGCGAGGAUGCUGGCUUCCAGUGGAUUAUUCCCGACCCAGAGCACCAGACUGGCAGCAUCAAGGCCCCCGAGGAGAUUGAUCGCGUUAUUCUUUGCACCGGUCAGGUCUGGGCUACGUUGCAUAAGUACCGCGCUGAUAACAAGAUUGACAACGUGGCAUUUACCCGCAUUGAGCAGCUAAACCCAUUCCCUUGGCAACAACUCAAGGAGAACCUCGACAUGUACCCUAAUGCUAAGACCAUUGUCUGGGCUCAGGAAGAACCCCUCAACGCCGGUGCUUGGAGUUUCACUCAGCCCCGUAUUGAAACUCUGCUCAACCAGACCAAGUACCACGACCGCAAGCAUGUCAUGUAUGCCGGUCGUAACCCCAGUGCCUCUGUCGCCACUGGCAUGAAGCACUUGCACAAGAAAGAGGAGGCAGAUCUCUUGGAAAUGGCUUUCACUGUUAAGCAAGAUAAGCUGAAGGGCGAGUAA